ACAACUUGCAACUAUCACUUAACUAAUCUAGUGCUAUUAUCGCAAUGCAACUUUCACUCCUAAGCACACUCUGGUUAUUGCUUACACUCGUUCUUGCCAAACAACACCAUGACUUCUAUCAAGUGUUGGGAGUCGACAAGGACGCCACCGACAAGCAGAUCCGAUCUGCUUACAAACAACUAAGUCUUAAAUACCACCCAGACAAAAACCCCGGCGAUGAACAGGCCCACGACAAGUUUAUCGAAAUUGGUGAAGCAUACGAAGUAUUGAGUAACGCCGAAAAGAGAAAGAAUUACGACCAAUACGGUGACCCUGAAGGUAACCCACAUGGUGGACAACAAUUUGAUUUCGGCGAUAUGUUUGGCCAGUUCUUUGGAGGUGGUGGUGGAAGACAAAGACAACGUGGCGUGAGACGAGGUGAGAACGUCCAAGUCAAUUUGAAUGUCGGGUUAAGUGAUUUCUACAAUGGUAAGAUUACCGAGUUUGAAGUGAGAAUGAUGAAUGAUUGUCCAACAUGUGAAGGGACUGGGUCUAAAGAUAAGGAAAAACAUACCUGUGAUCGAUGUAAGGGAUCAGGAAUCAUCACAGUUCAACAUCAAUUGGGUCCAGGCAUGGUUCAACAAGUAAGAAUGCAAUGUGACCAAUGUGGUGGUGUCGGUAAAGUCAUCACCCACCCUUGUGAUAAAUGUAAAGGUCAUGGAGUAAUGGAAGGACCAAGACAUUACGACAUAUAUAUAAAACCAGGUCAACCAAGAGAUUCAAAUCAUAUUUUGGAAGGCGAAGGUCAUAGAAAUCCAAACUGGGUUCCAGGAGAUUUAAUUAUUAAUAUCAGAGAAGAUUUCUCCAAGAGUUGGGGUUAUAGACGUGUUCAAAAUAAUUUAUACCGUACUGAACCUAUAACAUUAAAAGAAGCCAUGAAUGGUGGUUGGGAACGUAAGAUUAAGUUUUUGGAUGCCGAAGAUGAUACUCUUGUCUUGAAACGUGCUAAAGGUCAAAUCAUCGUUGAUGGUGAAGUUGAAAUCAUCAAGGGCAAAGGUAUGCCUGUAUUGGUGGAACAUGAUGAAGUUGAACAAUUUGGUGAUUUGUUUAUUCAAUAUAAGGUUAUAAUACCUGGCGAUCACAAUAGAACUGAAAAAGAUGAACUAUAGCGCUACCAGUUGAGCAAGUGAAAGCAUUUUGCAAAAAUAACAAAAAGUAUAGAAAUAUUUGUAAUACACAUGACUAGAUAGAAUACGAGCAAGAU